AUGACAAUGAUGAGCGUUCUGGCGAAUGCGCUCCGCUGCAUUGCGGGCGCAGAGCGCCGCGGCAAGCGUCAGGUUCUCAUCCGACCCUCCUCGAAGGUUGUGGUGAAGUUCUUGCAAGUCAUGCAAAAACACGGAUACAUUGGCGAGUUCGAGAUUGUCGAUGACCACCGUGCGGGGAAGAUUGUCGUGAACCUCAAUGGUCGUCUAAACAAGUGUGGUGCCAUUUGCCCUCGCUUCGAUUGUACCGCCCGUGACUUCGAGAAAUGGGUGAAGAACAUCCUCCCGAGUCGUCAAUUUGGUUUCGUGGUGCUCACGACAUCACUUGGCAUCAUGGACCACGAAGAAGCCCGUGCACGUAACACUGGUGGUAAGGUACUCGGCUUCUUUUACUAG